CCGGAGGAAUUCUGCGAGUUGUGGGCGCAGGACGCCGAGUACAUCCGGGAUCCGUGUAAAGCGCUGACCGCGUACGCCGCCAUGUGCAACAAAUUCAACGUCUGCAUCCAAUGGAGGAACCCCAACUUCUGCCCGUUCCGGUGUCCGCCAUCUUUGGAGUAUCGGGCGUGUCUGGCGGUGUGUGACGUUCCGCGGACGUGUCAGAAUAAUGAGAUCGAUCUCGACGACUCAGAGGCGUGUUCAGCACUGACAGAGGCGUGUGUGUGUCCGGAGGGGGCCGUCCUCCACCGCCUGCACUCCGCCCUCUGUGUCCCCCACAGGAAAUGUGCAUGCACAGACAGUAGCGGGGUCCCUCGGGAGAUCGGGGAGACCUGGAAGACCUCGGUGAAGGGAUGUUGCAUGUAUCAAUGUGCCGCCAAUGAGAUCAUCCUCCCCGUUCCCUACAAUUGCUCCGUCAUCCAGGAGGGGGCGUGCCGCAGAUAUGGAGAGAUGACCGUCGCCGUCUCCGACACCCAGAGCUGCUGUCCUCACCAGAUGUGCGUCUGCAACCAAUCGCUGUGCUCCAGGCUCCUCCCAUCCUGCCUCCCUCACCAGAAACUGACCGCCUAUCAUCAGGAGGAUUCCUGUUGCCCGAGAUACACAUGUGAGUGUGACCCGGAGAAGUGCCGCCCUGCGGAGGAGCCGCCCCCCUGCCGGGAGGACCAGACGCUCUUCUUGGCUCCGGUGGAGGACGGUUGCUGUGUCCGCCGGCUCUGCGGUAUGAAGGUCCUCCUCCAGACUCUCCAUAAUAUUCCAAUGAUGAGCUGGCGGGAAUGUUCUGUACUGGGGAGGGGGUUCCGGGUUCCGGGCUGCCACUACGAUGGGGUCAUUGAACCCUCUGUAACCAUAAUGCACUGCCUGACCUUUAACUCAGCUGGUUGGGGGUCCUAAUGCCAGCUUGGCUGC